AAGCGAGCGAGCGAGCGAGCGAUACACAAGUUAAUAUUCAAAUCAGACAACCAUCUAGAUCUAGCCAUGCGCGCAAAGCAAAAGGUAUCUUUCCUUAUAUUUCCAAUUCGUAACGGGUCAUAAAACAUCUACAUAUGUAUCAUCGUCAUCGUCAUCAUCAUGUUUUUUCAUCAUCGUGAUAUCCCAUCCGUAUCCGAAUCUUCCUUCCCAGAAGCAGCAGCAGCAGCUAUGUUGAAAUACGGAUGGGUGGUUGGGUUCAUCCCGUACGUGUUGGUUGCCCGUCGUGAAAUCCAAAAGAAAAUAGGUAAGAAGAAAAGUGACAAUAGGAGAAAGCCGCCGUGCCGUGCCGUACCAUGCAAGCAAUCGUCAAGCGCCAUCAUCUCUUCGUUCAAACUCCGCGUUUACCAAAUUUAUCCAAUGGUCCUCCCAUGUGGUAGGUAUUUACCUGAGUGACCGACGGGGCGGGCGUCGCCCAUCGUAUAUGAUCUCCCGCUCUAUGAUCCUCUCAUCUUCGUAUUCCGGUAGAGCCCUUGAUCUUCUUCGCUCGAUUCGCUCCCACUCCUCGCGUUCCCGUUCCCUCUUCUCCAUGCGG